CCCUCAGAGGCUCAGAGCAGAGGCGGCGCGCUGCCUUCAGUCCGAAACAUCUCCGAAAGGCGACGGAGGUAUAACUGUUCGUUCGUCUUUGAGCGUUUCCCUGCUGGUGGGCAUGCUGCGUCCGUGCGUAAAGACGCACUGAGGACUGUUUUCUUUGCCAUCGGGAGCGGCAAGCGGACGAGAAGAUGCUGGCGAGGAAAAGCAUCAUCCCGGAGGAGUUCGGUCUCCCGGGGCUCGUCUCCCGGAUGCCCCGCAAGCCGGUGUUCAGGGACCGCGUGAACAAAGCGCGCUUCAUCGCCAAAAACGGCUCGUGCAACUUGGCGCACAAGAACAUCCGCGAGCAGGGGAGAUUCCUGCAGGACGUCUUCACCACGCUGGUGGACCUUAAAUGGCGUUUCACGCUGGUCAUCUUCACCACGACAUUCGUCAGCAGCUGGCUGCUGUUCGCCAUGAGCUGGUGGCUGGUGGCAUUUGCGCACGGAGACCUGGACCCUACGCGUGAAAACAUGACCGACUGCGUAAAAAAUCUGAAGUCGUUCACAUCAGCCUUCCUGUUCUCCAUCGAGGUUCAGGUGACCAUCGGCUUUGGAGAACGUGUGAUAACGGAGCAGUGUCCCACCGCCAUCACCGUCCUCAUCCUGCAGAACAUUGUGGGACUCAUCAUCAAUGCUGUGAUGUUGGGUUGUAUCUUCAUGAAGACGGCUCAGUCGAACCGUCGGGCAGAGACGCUCAUCUUCAGCCGCCACGCCGUGAUCGCAGUCCGGAACAACCGGCUGUGCUUCAUGAUUCGUAUCGGGGAUCUGAGGAAGAGCAUGAUCAUUGGAGCAACCGUCAGGUUACAGGUUGUGAGGAAGACAACCACACCAGAGGGGGAGGUGAUCCCCAUCCAUCAGAUCGAUGUGCAGACAGAGAGCGCUGUGGGCAGCAACAGCCUGUUCCUCCUCGCCCCGCUCAUCAUCUGCCACGUCAUCGACAAAAACAGCCCGCUGUACGACCUGUCAGCCAUGGAGCUGCAGUGCAGCGACCUGGAGGUGAUUGUCAUCCUGGAGGGAGUUGUGGAGACGACGGGCAUAACCACGCAGGCACGGACUUCCUACGUCUCCGAGGAGAUCCAGUGGGGCCACCGCUUCGUUCCCAUAGUAACAGAGGAGGAGGGCGUGUAUUCUGUCGACUACUCCAAAUUUGGCAACACAGUCAAGGUUGCGACGCCAUGCUGCAGUGCCAGAGAACUGGACGAGAAGCCGUCCAUCUUAAUCCAAACCCUCCAGAAGAGUGAGCUUUCGCACCAGAACUCACUGAGGAAGCGCAACUCCAUGAGACGCAACAACUCCAUGCGCAAAGGUGCAGGAAGCAGUGGGAGUCUCCGCAGGAACAACUCAGGCCUCGCCGUGCCUAAAGUCCAGUUCUUUACCCCGACCGAUGGAGGCCAGAACCUGAACGCCGUCACCUGACAUGAGGCCUACCGUCUGCUGGCUCCACUGCUCUUCCUGGUGGGGAGGAAGAUCCUGGGUGUUGGUGCAUCUGUCUCUCUAAUUGGACUCAUUCUUUUCACUGGCAUAUCUAGACUUGUGUCUCGACACGUUCACUGUUAAUGUUCCCUGUGUUUACGUUCAUGGUUUAAAAUGGGUCGUGUUCAGAUUACAUUUGUGAUCUCUAAGCAGUUAAAGUAAUAUUCCUCUGCGCUGACAGAAACCCAGAAAGCAGAUACUAAAACAGAUAAGAGACAGAUGGAAACUGCAGAAUUGGUUGUGUGAGCUUAAACUGAUUUCUAAAUGACAUACAGCGCUUUUCAUUCUGAAACACUACAGUAUAAAACGUGCAAAAGUGGCUUUAGCCUGCAUUCUUUCUCAUAGCCAUCAGGGGGCUACUUCUCUGGCUCCCAGAUCUUGGCUAAAGCCUCAAAACUGACGUCAGUAAACACUUUUCUUUUGGGUUUUUGGACUCAAUGACUUGUAUAAGUUUUAUGUUCCUUCUGUAAAUUAUGGUCCUAAUUAGAGUCCAUAAGGAUGAUAAAACAUGGAUCAGGCUGUUUGCAGACGACUGUAUUGGUUUGACCAUCACUUCAGUGAUGCAUCAGUACACAAGCUCAGAGAGUCACAGAUUACACAUAGGAAGAUAAUCUUCCUGCUUGUUCUGGUUUUAAGUUACACCAGCACCACUGAUGCAGAGGUUUCGUCUUCCCCUAUCAUUUAGAAAAAUACAUUGAAUACCUGUGCACUGUAAAACAGAGCUGUGGAUGAGACAUGACCAAUGCGGUGACCAUAAUCGGUCCUUAACUUAUAUAAUGACUGUCAUGUUGUAUUGUAUAAGCUCUGAAAGUUAUUAAAUAACAGGAAAGUGUUCACUAAACUCACUAAUGAAGUCAGGAUCACUUCUAUAGACUUCAGCUCAGCUGGACUUUUCUCUGAAACCUUCUUUUGCCCCCUGCUGGCCAUUAGAAAGAAUGCAGAUUGUCUAAAUCCGUCUUUCUUGUCGUUGCCCCCCGUUUUCUUUGUUAACCCACACUAGCAAUUCUAUACCUUUAUCUCAAUGAUGCUGCACAUCAGAUACUCAGAAUAGCAGCAAUAGUAUAUUCUUAAACACACACAAUACCCUUUGUGUUUUUCUGUGUGACGUGCCUGGUCUCAACUUCAGUCACCAGUUCUCUCCACUCAGAAGACGAGACGCUCCAUGACCCAGCUGAUGUGUUCCACUUAUUGUAAUGAUCCGCAGACAGAGAAAGCAAUCUGAAGAUUUCACUCUGGACAAACGAGAGGUUGCAUUGAACCUUUUGUACCUUAAUGGUUUAUUUUAAAAAUCAGCAUGUCUCGUGAAAAUAAAAGAUUAUUCCAGC